AUGUCUGAGACCAACACUGCUGCUGCCGCCACUACUGAGCCCGUCGUGGCCAAGCCCGCUGAGGCCACGGAGGCUGUGGCCACGCCUGUGGAGAAGAAGGUGGAGGAGCCGGCCAAGAAGACCGAGCAGGCUGCCGAGGCCGCUGCUGAGCCAGCCGCGGCCGCGGAGACGGACGCUGCCGCGCCCGCCGCCGAGACGGAGGCGCCGGUAGAGGCGAAGGCGGAGGCCAAGAAGCUGCCUUUCUGGAAGAAGCUAUCCGCCAAGUUGAAGAAGAUUUUGAACUAG